CAUAAAUAUUUAUGUGUGUUGUAUGUAUGUGCUUGAUUUGAAUUGUUUGAAAUGAAUGGCUGCUUGAUCCAGCGAGGGUUUGUUGGGUCUUCGCCCCCUUUUGUAUUAAUGCAGUUCCCACUCUGCCCUUGAACAUUCAACCUUCUCCUUUGCCUCAACCAACCCCAGAAAGACCAGCAGCACUUGGACAUCAACAUGCCAAUCAACGCUGCCACUGGUGCAUCCUGUACCAUCAACCUCCUCCCACCACCACCAACAACAACAUCAUCAUCAUCAUCAAAUGAUCAGAUACCAGAAAAGAUUCCAUGCGAGGAGUAUAAACAUGAGACGACCACCAAUCCGACCACUGGGGCUAUCCAAGAGACUGUGACCAUCGAAUCCCAACAAGCCUGUCCUUUUGAAAUCUUCAUCGACAUCAAACCGACAGCAUACUCAACCCUCACCGCCAACUCAUCAUCAAAAUCAGCCAAACUCAAACCGCAGGACUACGUUAUCCAUACGAUCCUCGACGGGAUCUCUGCAGGAUACUGCAAACGGCCCAAGUCGAAUUCGGAUGGAUCGGUACGGCUGUCUAAGACCUAUUCGAGGGACCAAUCGAGUUUCAGAUCCUACCAAUUCGCGCCGAUCACUCUGGUGGAUCCGGACGACUAUGAUCCUCGGAACCAGAUUCAGGGAUCUGCAAGGGAUCCGACGGAGACGAUCUGCGAGGACGAGAAGGUGAUCAAGUCUCUCGGCACAAUUCAAGUGGAUAUCAUCAGGGCCGAUCUGGUCCAUCGGCGUCGAAAACCUGCCCAAAAUCGGGCCGCUCCCGUCCCGUCUACCAAUCAGAUGUUGUUCUCCGAACGCUCGAAGAAGGCUAGGCUCUUGAACACCGCAGGCUUGUCGAACUAUUCCCCCUCCAACCUGCCUCCUGCUCCUAUGGAAUGGCACAUCAAAAAACAGGAUCCUCAGCCUUUCCUCCAAUUCAUCUUCAAAUACAAGCCGAGAGUGAUCCUCGAGGACGAAGGAACGAUCGCCCGAGAUCCCAGUCACGCUCCUCACAUCAACCAGGACAUCGAGGAUGACGACCAUGACGACGAACAGGAAAGCGAUCGUAAACCGUUCCUCAAGCGCCUCAAAAGCGAAGCCACCACUGAUAAUAAUAAUGAUGAUGAGAAUCAGGAUCGGCAGACGAAAAAACCAAAGAUCAUCGAUCUGACCGGGUCUGAUGACAGUGAUUAGGAUACACACAAUCAUAAUCUUGACUCUCUCUCUCUCUCUCUUCUUUCUGCUAGAUCUACUUCUUGGCCUCUCACUACUGCACACCCAUACACCCACACACCCACACUCUCUUUCUUUCUGGCCCCUUAUUGUUGUUCGAUUACUCUCAAACAUGCCUUAUUUAUUUGGUCUUCUUGUCUGUCUGCUUCUUCGAUUGAGUUUCAGUGAGCUUGUUUAUCUCUAGGAUGAUACAUAAUA